CUGUCACAGUGAGCACAGGACAUUGUGUACACUGCAGCAGCGCCCUCUUGUGUCUGACGUCAGUACGAGCCUCCACCGGAUUGGCUGGGCGGUUGUCAGGACUGUUUACAGGAAACAUGGCUUCCCGGUCUGUUGGAGAGCUUCAAGAAAUGGAAGUGGACCGAAGGGGUGAGUCCGAGGAGUCUGGUGAUGAUGAGACCAGGAGGAGGAGUAUCAAUGGCGACGUUGAUCCCAAUCAGCCCCCUAACACAAGUAAAGAAGAGUCUCCGGUCGACAUGGACACCAUAACCUUGGACCCAGAGGAAGAGGAUGUUGAUCUUGUUCAUUGUCGUAUUGGAAAGAUUGAAGGAUUGGAGGUGCUACAGAAGGCGAAAACACUGUCCUUACGACAGAACCUCAUUAAAAAGAUCGAAAACCUCGACAGUUUGUGCUCACUGCGUGAACUAGAUCUUUAUGACAAUCAGAUCCGCAAACUGGAGAACCUGCACCACCUCACAGAGCUGGAGCAGCUCGACGUCUCAUUCAACCUUCUGAGGAAGGUGGAGGGUUUGGAGCAGUUGACUCGGGUGAAGAAACUUUUUCUGCUCCACAACAAAAUUAGCAGCAUUGCCAACCUGGAACAGUUAACGGACCUGGAGAUGCUGGAGCUGGGCUCCAAUCGCAUCCGGGUCAUAGAGAACCUGGAUACACUUUCGUCUUUGCAAAGUUUGUUUCUUGGCACCAAUAAAAUAACUACACUUCAGAAUCUGGAUGGUUUACACAACCUGACUGUUUUAAGCAUCCAGAGUAACAGGAUCACUAAAAUUGAAGGUCUGCAGAGCCUCAGCAACCUGAGAGAGCUCUAUCUGAGCCACAAUGGCAUCGAGGUCAUCGAGGGCUUGGAAAACAAUAAAAAGCUUACAACCCUGGACAUUGCAGCCAAUCGAGUAAAGAAAAUUGAAAACAUCAGCCAUCUAACAGACCUGCAGGAAUUCUGGAUGAACGAUAAUCAGAUAGAGAACUGGUCAGAUCUGGAUGAGUUGAAGAACGCCAAGUCUCUGGAAACGGUCUACCUUGAAAGGAACCCUCUACAGAAGGACCCUCAGUACCGGCGAAAGAUUAUGCUGGCGCUGCCCAGCGUACGCCAGAUCGACGCUACGUUCAUCCGCUUCUAAACUGCAGCGUACCGUUCACCUGCCACCUUCAGUGUUCGCCCUCACCGCCCUGCCUGCCCACAACACAAACUCCAUUUUAAAAUGCACUGGCCUCACUGAAUCACGUAGUCACUCCAUACACAAACAAACAUUCCGACACUAAACUCACCCACGACUCACUCGACAUACAUGUAUGCAUGUAUGCACUCAUUCACACCUUGAUCUAUGCCAUUGUAUAGAAGCUUAUUUAUUUAUUAAGCAGGAUAUAAACUGUGAAAGUAAUUCCCCCUGAAAGUGUUCCACGCCCAUUUCUUCAUUUCUCCUCCUCAUCUAUUUUCCUUUUAUUGUUUUGCAUGUGGAUUAGAGUAUGGAGACCUCUUCUUUCCUCCAUCAUGCAGUUCCCAUCAGGAAAAUGAUUGUUUAUCACACUGUUUAAGUUGCACUGUUGUCACGUUUGAAGAAAAGGCUGGCACUCUUAUUAUUUGAGGGACUUUUGUCGCGGAUUUAUUAUUUUUUUGGUUGGACAGGAUGAGACUGUUUUCACAAAGGUACACAGGCGGUGGAAGAAUAAUUAAACUUCAAAGGGAAAGUCCAUGAUAAAGUAUAAUUUAGAUAUUUUAAUCUUAAGAAUACCUCUUCAUCCUCUCAUCUGGUUCCAUCAUGCUUCAAAACUGUCCUUAACAAAACUUUAGAGUCAGAGAAACAUCUAAAAAUUAACGCCGGAGUGGCGCCAUGCAGAUCCUCUUAAUUUUUUUUUUUUUUUUUUUUUAGGACAACAACACAAACAAUCUGAUGAAUUAUUUUAAUAAACUGGUAUCAUAACCAAUGAAGGGCAAAUUUUAAUGUCCAGCAGCCUCGUCUUUUCCUUGUCCAGAUAUUUUACAGCUCAUAUGCCCUGUUUUUUUUUUGUUUGUUUGUUUGUUUAUUAAUAAGACUGUCCUCUGCAGUAGAAUAAAGCUCAUGAGAAUGUAAAAUCAUUUAAAGUAUGUCCAUGACACCCCUCCCUCUCUUUCUUUCAGUACCUUGAACACAUCAUUGAUUACAGCCAAUUCCCAAAGUCUAACAACUUUUGGAAACUUGUUCAUAAUUUUCUUUUUUUUUCUUUUAACUGAUAACAGUAAUUUGUAGAUUGUAUUUAAGUGAAAUGACUUACCAAUGGUGAGUAAAAGUGUUGUUAACUAAUGUAAUGCUCAGACAAUUUUUUAAACACAUUUUGAGGUUCGAUAUGCUCAAAUGUGUAAAGACACGACAGUGACACAUUCUGCAAUAUUCUCAUUCGGCCUUCAGUAAUGCUUAAAAAUAGGUAUUCAUGUAUAUUUAACAUGACCUUCAACAAAAACUAAGUGACCUAUUCCUAUUGUCCCCUGUAUAUAAUGCUUGAGUGCACUUGAAUUUUUCCCUCUUACAGUUAAAACGUGACGCAUCUUUUAUAUGAAAUAAUAACUUCCCACCUCAGGGCUAAAAGGUCACGUGUGUACACGGAACAGACGCAUCAGAUUUCAGUGCGUUUCUGGGUUUACAUGGAGAAUUUAAGCUAAGUGCUUUCUGUGCAACAGAAGAUGCUGACCAUUAUCGUCUAAUUCCUUUCAUCUGGGACAAUAAUUAUUAAAGUGGCCUGAGUUGAUAUUGAAUCUCCCUUUGUAAGCAAAAAGACAACAGCUUAAAAUGCUGGUUUGUAUUAUUGGUGUUUUGAUCUUUUUCAAAUGAAUUGACAUCAGAUUAUAAACCUUUUAAAAAAAACACAAUUGUUCGUGAUUAGAAAACUAGAACAUUUAUGAGCCGUAUCAGACUAUCAGCAAAACUGAAGGACACUGUGUAUUAUUGAUAUGAAUGUAAUCUUAUUUUAUAUUCAGCUUUAACUAUGAUUAAAAUUGGCCAGUGGGAUUAGAAGUGUCACUGUGUAUUUGUAAAUAUAGUUUGGACAUAUCAGUGAUGUAGAAAGUCAGUGCCAUCACCACUUUCCCUUUGUAAACUGAAUUCCUUUUUUUUUCUUCUUUAUGCCAGGCAGGACAACAGAUUUGUGUGAAAUAACAUAAUGAAGAUCUUAACUUGACCUUGAUUGGUCACUUAACGAGCAAUUGUUCAAAUUGAUGGUAUCUUGUCAUUGGUAGAACUGAUCCUUCAGGUUUUGGACUUGGUUGAAGCUGUUUUGAAACUGAAUGUAUUAUGCAAAUAAUAAAAUGACACUACUUAAAGCGCAA